GCCACCUCUGCCGUCCGACAUCGAGGACAGAGCUGGCUCUCCACGGAGCCCACAGUCAGCCCAGUUGAGGCUGUCGACAGCGACGACCUCAACCCCAACGAGCUCCAAGCCCUCGAAACCGAAAAUGCUGAGAUGUAUCUGCGUUUGGUAUCCGAACAGUCGGAGGUGCAGCAGUUGGGAACUUCGCUGUCUGAAAUCGGGAGACUGCAGUCCAUCAUUACGGAGAGUCUGGUCGAGCAGGCUGAGAAAGCGGAGAGGAUAGGGGAACAAAUCGUCGGCUCAACAGAACUGAUUCGUGAGGCUAACGAAAAGCUCCGUGAGGCCAUUGAUCGAACCAAGGGCGUCCGCUUUUGGAUCCUCUUCUUCAUGCUCGUGCUCACCUUUUCUUUGCAUUUUCUAGACUGGUAUCGUUGA